GCUAGAGACAUUCAAGCAUUUUUCAAAAUUCAAAUUUUGAAAGAGGAUAGAGAGAGAAAAUGUCAUCAGCAAAUAUCAAAGGUUUCUACAAGCAAAGAAAAAACCCAAACACCGCCACCGCCAAUGCCAAGAAACCUCCAAUCCACGCCGCCACUUUCGGUUCCAAUGUCGCCCAACCACCAGCCCUCACUUUCUGCAACGGCAAACCAGAUCUCCAAGAUGAAUACAGCGAAAGCGAGUCGGUGUUGCGACAAUUUGACAUGAACACGGUUUACGGGCCUUGUAUUGGGAUGACGAGGCUGGCACGGUGGGAGCGCGCGGUGAAUCUUGGUUUGAACCCUCCGCAGGAGAUUGAGAAGCUUCUGAAAAGUGGUAAAGUUCAGCAAGAAUCCCUCUGGGACACUCGCAUUUAGAAUGCUUUUGUGUUCAUUAUUACUAUUAUUAUUAUUAUUAUUAUGAUAGUGUAAUAUAAUCUUUGUGUUAAGAUCUUGCUUAGGAACAGUUUCUGGCUGUGUUCCUUUUCCCAUGCUACUGUGUUUUGUUAACUUGGUGUUGCCAUGGUGUUAAGUGAAUGCUUAUGCUAUUACUAAAUGAAUUAAAUUUGUAGGCAUUAUUGAUCUUUUUCA